AUGGACGACAAGGUCAAAUACCUCCUUUCGCUGCGUGCGGUCCGCGAGCGAGCCAAGUUGGUGGGAGAGGCGGCGGAUGCUGGCAAAUUGACGCAUUUUGAUGUUCAUGAGGAGAGGUUGGAUGUGGCGGCUGAGUAUGUGAAGCGUGUUAUUGAGCGCGACUUCGGCCCCGCCAACUACCACACGAUCCCACCCCACGGCCGCUGGCAGCAUUUCGACGUGGGCAGAAUCCCGCGCAUCGGCGCCCUACUCGAGGAGUGGAAAAAGUUCGGUUGCGACGACCUAGAGUCGACACGCCGACUAAUCGAUCUCUUCUUCGUGUCUGUGCUGUUGGAUGCGGGGGCCGGUGACCACUGGCGCUAUGUGGAACCGAGGACUGAAACCAAGUAUGAACGUAGUGAGGGGAUUGCGGUGGCGAGUUUGUAUUUGUUCCGUGAGGGGGCAUUUAGGAGUGGGGGGGAGAUGGCGGCGGGGAGGGGGAUGUGUGUUGAUGGUAAGGGAUUGCAAGAUCUCAAGACUGAGGAACUGGCCCGAGGCUUUCAGAUCUCAGACACGAAUCCCAUGCUAGGCGUGGAGUCGCGAGCCAACCUCCUCCGUAGUCUAGGCACGUCACUGCUUUCUCAACCCGAGCUUUUCGGGAAAGAAGGUCGACCUGGCAAUGUCGUUGACUACAUGAAAACCACAUCCCCCGACGGAACAACCCUCGACAUCCUAACCUUCUGGGAUAUUCUCCAAACCCUGCUCAUCCCCAUCUGGCCUCAAGACCGCACAGUUGUCAACGGCCAAGCACUCGGUGACGCAUGGCCCCUCAGUACCUUGAAAACCGUCUCCGCUUCCACUACAACCGACGAAACAAACUUCAUCCAACCCUUCCACAAACUAACCCAAUGGCUCGCAUACUCCCUCACCGUCCCCUUCACACGUAUCCUGCACCACAAAUGGGUAAACACAGAUGCGCUAACCGCACUACCUGAAUACCGCAACGGCGGUCUCUUCGUCGAUCUAGGUGUGUUGAACCUGAAACCUGCGUCGCUGGAACGUGGUCUUGCCACUGCUGCGAACUCGGGUAUUGCAAAGGGUGAGAAUGCAGGUCUUCCGGCGUUUGCAGCGGGCGAUGAUGUCGUCGUGGAGUGGCGUGCUAUGACCCUCGUGUUGGUGGAUCGUCUGUAUAAGUUGGUGCUGCAGAAGAUGGCGGGUGUGGAGUUGAGUAUGGCGCAGUUGCUUGAGGCGGGUACUUGGAAGGCGGGGAGGGAGGUUGCGAGGGAGAGGAGGCCGGUUGGGAAAGGGAGUCCGAUUUUGGUGGUUAGUGAUGGGACAGUUUUUUAG